GUUUGAAGACAAAAGGACAGAAAUCACAAUGUGACGCUUAGAGGAAGGUUUCAUGGGGGUGCAAACAUCUGGCGUCGUUCACGCGGUGCGCAUGCGCAGUGCCUAUUACGACCAUUACAUCAAAAAUGGCGGCGGCCGUUGAGAAUGUUGUUAAAGUGAUGGGAGAACAGUAUUACAAAGAUGCCAUGGAGCAGUGCCACAGCUACAAUGCCCGGCUGUGUGCAGAGAGAAGCAUUCUCAUGCCUUUCCUCGACUCCCAGACUGGAGUGGCACAGAGCAACUGUUACAUCUGGAUGGAGAAAAGGCACAGGAGUGCAGGUGUAGCACCAGGGCAGCUAUACACAUACCCCGCCCGCCGCUGGAGGAAGAAGAGAAGGCCACAUCCACCAGAGGACCCUGCUUUGGUUUUUCCUCCACUCAAAGCAGCCGACAUUGAAUUGGGAUUGAAAAAAGACGGGUUGGGGCCUUUGGAUGGAAGCAGCCUGGAGGCUUUGCUAAAAGGAGAACCCAUGGAUAAGAGAGCUGCCCCAGAACUACGGGGCCCAGAGGAGGACCAGAGUCUGGCAGAUAUCACAGGCACUGCCGGGGCCAGUAGCCACAGUGGAUCCACACGAGUGAGAAAGAGAAUCUUAGAACCAGAAGACUAUCUGGAUGACCUAGAUGAUGAAGAUUUUGAGGAGGAGACCCCAAAAAGACGGAAAGGAAAAUCUAAGGGUCGUGGAGUUGGAAAUGGUAAGAAGAAAACAGAAGCAGCUGCAGCAGCUUUGGAAGACCGUGAUAAACCAUACGCCUGUGAUAUCUGUGGAAAACGCUAUAAGAAUAGACCGGGCCUGAGUUACCACUACACUCACUCUCACCUGGCUGAAGAGGAGGGAGAGGAAAAAGAGGAAGCUGAGAUCCACACUCCUGCACCCCAGGAGGAAACAAAGACUCCUAAGAAAGGUCCGAAUGGGUUGGCAACACCAAAUGAUUACUGUGAUUUCUGCCUGGGUGACUCCAACAUGAACCAGAAGACAGGCCAGUCUGAGGAACUGGUGUCCUGCUCUGACUGUGGACGCUCGGGCCAUCCAUCUUGCCUGCAGUUCACAGCUGUGAUGAUGGCAGCGGUAAAAACGUACCGCUGGCAGUGCAUCGAAUGCAAGUGCUGCAAUGUUUGUGGCACAUCUGAGAAUGAUGACCAGCUUCUUUUCUGUGAUGACUGUGACAGAGGAUACCAUAUGUACUGCCUCACUCCUCCUAUGUCUGACCCACCAGAAGGAAGCUGGAGUUGUCGUUUGUGUCUGGAUCUUCUGAAGGACAAGGCUUCCAUCUACCAAAGCCAGAAUCCUACAGUAGAGUAGAGUACAGGACUGCUCAUGAAACAACCCACUGAUCACACACUCCCUUUGUCCUGCUCAUUCACACCAACUAAAAUUCCUUUUUUACACUACAUGAUCUAGACUUUGAUGUCCUCACAACAUCAUUAUUAGCCUGGUGCAUCACACCUUCACAUCAUGCCACGGUGACAGUGUUACUGUCUGAUACAUUACUACAUAUAUUAAGUGUUUUAAAUGAUUUGAGCACUAAGGAAAGUAAAGAAAUGAUUAUUUCUAUGAGUAUCCCUCACUAAUGGAUAUGAAAAGCUCACGGUUCAUGUUAUCUGUUGCCAGAUUGUUGUUUUUGUUGUUUUAUUCCUUUCCUUGCUUGUUUACAGUGCAUGUCAGAAGAAAUCACAUGGCCUUAUUCUGACAAGAUUAUGGUGUAUUUUAAUAUCUAUAUGUAUCAGAAGUAACCUUUUAUUGAUGAGUCUUUUUUCUCACAGGAAAAUUUGGUGCCAAGGUCCACAUUCUCAAAAGCAUUUUUCCUUCAUUUAUUUAAGUAUUUGACAAAACUGUGGAGUUUUGUGUCUGUUAGUAUUUGGUAAUUAAUGUAAUGCUGUCUUAUGUCCCUUUUAUAUUGCUCUUUCUUCAAUAAACAUACAUGUAACACAA